CAUAAAACAACUAAGUCCAUAGAAAUUAAAAAUAGUAUAAAUCAAGUCAGUCGCUAAAAGUUCAGCAUGAAGUCAGCAUAAGGGAUUAUCAUUAAGAAAAAUUUAUAAAAAAAAGUUGGAAGAAAAAGAUUUAAUUUCUUUCAGUUUAAAAACAGAUAUCUGGAUUAAAUGUCAUAAUGUGGUCAUUCUUUUCUCGAGACACUUCAAAAGACUUUCCUUAUGAGAUUGUCGAGAAUGUCACAGGAUUUGAAGAGAAAAGUAUAUGGAGCUUAAAGAAGGGUAAAAGAAAAGGCACCGACGAACAGGUCUCGAUUUUUGCGUUUGAGAUUAAAAAUGGUACAGAGUCAAAAUUGGAACUAGCGAAAGCAUCUCUCAAGAGGAUAAAAACCUUACGACAUCCCUCGAUUCUCCAAUUUCUUGACAGCUUUGAGAAUGAUAAAGUGAUUUACGUGGCAACUGAGUAUGUGGAAACGCUUGGUUUUCAUUUAGAUAAAUUAGAUGGUAACAAAAAGGAUGUUUAUCUUACAUGGGGAAUCUUUCAAAUUACUAGAGCUUUAUCGUUUCUUAAUAAUGAUGGAAAUAUGCGACAUAAUAAUGUAUCAAUUUGGUCAGUUUUUGUGAAUUCGAGUGGCGAAUGGAAGUUGGGUGGACUUGAAUAUGUGCAAUCGAUAGAUAUGAACAACCAGAGCAAUCAAGUAAUCAUUCCAGUUAAGAUUCCACCAAUAUUAGAAAUUUACGAUCCACCAGAAAAGAGUGAUCCGUCGAAAGUGAAAAACACGACAAAAUGGAAUUGUUCUACUUCCAGUUCAACCGACAUGUGGGGCUUGGGAUGUCUAAUUUGGGAAUCAUUCAACGGACCAUUAAAAAUGAGAAACAAUCUGAAAGAUAUAGAGAAUAUUCCAAAAACGCUAGCUCCGCUGUACUGCGAGUUGGUUGGGGCGAAUCCAUCAAAUCGUCCAAAUCCAGCAGAUAUUAUAACGCGGUGCCGCAAGCCAAAUGGGUUUUUCAAAAACGAACUAGUCGAUACAUUGCUCUUCUUGGAAGAGAUUCAAAUCAAAGAUAAGGCUGAAAAGAAUAGAUUUUUCAAUGCUUUAACACAACAAUUAGAUAAUUUUCCGGAUAAUGUUUGUCGUUAUAAAAUUUUACCACAAUUAAUAAAUGCAUAUGAAUAUUCAGGAAUAGGUUCAAUAGUCUUAGCUCCAAUGUUUAAAUUAGGACGAUUAUUAGACGAGGGAGAGUACCAAAAGAAAAUCGUACCGUGUGUUGUAAAGCUAUUUUCGUCAACAGACCGUGUGACGAGAUCAAGAUUAUUACAACAAUUAGAACUGUUUAUUCAUCAUUUGACGCCAGCUGUUAUAAAUGACCAGAUUUUUCCAAAUGUCGCACACGGUUUUCUCGACACGAAUGCAACGAUUCGCGAGCAAACUGUUAAAGCUGUUAUCCAUUUAGCUCCAAAAUUAAAUUAUAAUAAUUUGAAUGUUGAGGUGCUCAGACAUUUUGCCAGAUUACAAUCAAGGGAUGAUCAGGGUGGAAUUAGAACCAAUACGACCGUAUGCUUAGGUAAAAUUGCUCAACAUUUACAUCCACAAGUCAGACAGAGAGUUCUUGUGUCGGCAUUUAUUCGAGCAAUGCGUGAUCCAUUUCCACCAAGCCGUGUUGCUGGAAUUUUAGCAUUGGCUGCGACUCAACAGUACUUUUUGCUGAGCGAAGUGGCAAAUCGCAUUUUGCCAGCACUUUGUCCAUUAACUGCUGAUCCAGAAAAGAGUGUACGAGAUCCAGCAUUUAAGACUAUUAGAGGGUUCUUGGGUAAAUUGGAACGUGUGUCUGAGGAUCCAACAUUGAGGGAAAGCAUGGAAGCGGAUGUGCAUACAGCAACACCAACAAUUGGAAAUGCGGCAGCAACAUGGGCAGGUUGGGCUGUCUCAGCAGUGUCUGCAAAGUUCUACAGAUCACAAAGUGAUACUCGCCCUCGACCGCCAUUAACGGGUAAAAAUUUGAGCAAACCUGCUUCUUUGGGUAUGUUUAAUGGUUGUGUAUGUCUUUCUCGCGUUGUUUUUGUGUGUCUUGAUAGUUUGACUGUGAUUUUGUUUUUUUGUAAGACUCACGAAGCUAUCAAGACCUGUGAUAGGUUUAUUUUUUUUUUAAAUUUCUUACUUUAUACUAAAAUGCAUUUGACAUAUGGUAAUGAGAUCUUUUUCAAAUACUAAACACUAAUCAUUAUAAUUUACUGACUUGACAUGUGCUACCUAUUACUUAUUUUGAGC